AUGACUGAUGUUCAAGAAACUUCGUGCAAGCUUUGCCUCAAAACUGUAACCGUUGAAGGUUUUGAGGUAAUAAACGACGUUAUUAGAGAUAUUUUAGAUGUUCUUUUGCUGAAAUUGAAAUUUGAUAGCGAGGGUAAAGAGGUUAUAUGUAACGUUUGCAGAAGAAAAUUAAAUGCAGUAUUCGAAUUUAAGGCAACUUGUUUGAAGACCGAUUACAGAAUUAUUCCAUAUGUGGAUUGUGAAAAAAUGUUACAGCUCGAUAUAAGGGACGUGUAUACGAAGGAAAAGACAAGCCAGUCAAUGGAUAUUUCAGAUGGUCACAAAAUAUGUCGAUUGUGUAUGCAUCCAGUAGAAAGUGAGUUUAGGUGCAUUUGUGGAGAGGAACUUGAAGCUAUCGAGAAAUUGGCUCCUGAAAUGAAUAUAAAUAUCAUCAAAGAUCCCGUUGUGUGUAAGGAAUGCUUUGAUUCUGUGUGCACCCACAACAGUUUCCUAAAAAAUUGCUCGGAAGUACAGGAAAAAAUUGGAGGUAUUUUUAAUAGCGCAGCAACAGAAAGUCAGAUAGAUACGUCGCCGGUUGAUUUAUUCGUUAAGACUGAAAACGAGGACAAAGAAUUCGAUAUCAACGGGACGGAAAUGUCAAUCAAAGCUGAAAGUAUCGACAUAAAAUCGGAAGAUGAAGAAUGCAGCGACUCGCUACUGCAGAGCUCCGAUAGUGAAUCAUUCGAGAAGAGCGUCCUUAGCGAUGCAGAAGAGGAUGAAUGUACACAUGAGAAUAGAUCGACAAACCAAUGUAAUACGAAAGUCAAGCAGAACCACAAAGUAUUUUACAAAUGUGAUAAAUGUAUUUACAAAACUGGAAGCGAGAGCUGUUUUAUAACACACCGUUCUGUAGACAAGGACGAUUGGGAAGCAUAUAAAUGUGAAUCGUGUGAGUAUCAAACUGAAAAUAAAAAAAAUUUUCAGGAACAUCCAUUGAGCCCUAAAGAUCCUUCGGAAAUGCGUAUGCAUCAAUGCGGAUCAUGUGAUUACAAGACAAGGCACAGGUGUGAGCUUGAUAAGCGUCAGGUGAAACACAAAAGCGCAUCUGAAGGACGAUUUUACAAGUGCGACUUUUGUGAUUUCACAACAAAGCAUAAAGUCAGUUUUAAUAGUCAUUACAUAAAACACAAAAACUCGACCAAUCGUGUAGAAUGUGACUAUAAAACCGAAUACACCGCAUUACCGAAUAAGGGCACUUUACAACUGCCCAUUUAUAAAUGUAAUGGUUGCACAUACGAAUCAAAGAAUAAUAGAAACUUUAUCAGUCAUCAGUUGGUACAUAAAGAUCCUUCGCAGGUGCAAAUGUACAAAUGUGACGACUGCAAUUUCAAAACUAAAUACAAGAGUUAUAUGAAAAGUCAUCAACUGCAGCAUAGAGAUCCUUCCCAGGUGCAGAUGUACAGGUGUAAUGACUGCGAUUUCAAAACUAAAUACAAGUGUGCUGUUAAAAAACACCAACUGACACAUAGAGAAAGUGUACCGGCUGUGAUUAUGAAUCCAAAUGCCUGA